AUGCUUCAGAAGACUGGAGAGCCCCCACUAAUAAAUGGCUGGAUUCCUUACCUUGGGAAGGCUUUGAUUUUUAGAAAAGAUGCUUUCAAAUUCCUACUGGAUCAGCAAAAGAAACUUGGAGAUAUUUUCACUGUACAUAUUGCUGGUAGAUAUAUUACCUUUAUCAUGGACCCAUUUCAAUAUGUCUAUGUCAUCCGAAAUAGCAAACAACUUGAAUUCCAUGAAUUUGCUGAUAAAAUGGCUUCCAAAACUUUUGACUACCCAGCCCUGUCGAAGGGAAAAUUCCCAGAUCUCAAGGAAAACCUGCACAGAAUCUACCAGUAUUUACAAGGCAAGCCUUUGGAUAUAAUUUCUGACCACAUGAUGAAAAAUCUCCAGGAUAUAUUUGAAUGGAAAUGCUCACAAGCAACAGAUUGGGAAACAGAAAAAAUGUACAAAUUCUGCUGCUCUGUAAUGUUUGAAGCCAGUUUUGUAACACUAUAUGGAAGAGUUCCUGCUGCAGAUGGCCACAAAGUUAUUAGUGAAAUCAGAGACAAAUUUAUCAAGUUUGAUGCCAGCUUUCCCUAUUUAGCUGCAAACAUACCAAUUGAGUUGCUAGGAGCUACCAAGAAGGUUCGGAAGGAGCUUAUACAUCAUUUUUUACUUCAGAACAUGACAAAAUGGCUGGGAGGGUCAAAAGUGGUCCAAGCCAGACAAGAUAUAUUUGAGAAAUACGAGCUGCUUGGAGAUUAUGACAAAGCAGCACAUCAUUUUGCCUUCCUGUGGGCCUCUGUGGGAAACACGAUUCCAGCUACAUUCUGGGCCAUGUAUUAUCUUCUGCGGCACCCAGAAGCUCUUGCAGCGGUGCGUGACGAGAUUGACCAUUUGCUGCAGUCAACAGGUCAAAAGAGAGGCCCCACAUAUAACAUCCACCUCACCAGAGAACAAUUGGACAACCUGGUCUACCUAGAGAGUGCCUUAAACGAGAGUUUACGAAUGUGCUCAUCCUCCAUGAACAUUCGCAUCAGCCAGGAGGAUUUUGUUCUCAGGCUUGAAGGGAAUCAAGAAGUCGGUUUGAGGAAAGGAGACUGGAUAGCCCUUUACCCGCAGAUUUUGCACAUGGACCCUGAGGUCUAUGAAGAUCCUAAGGAGUAUAAGUUCGAUCGAUACAUAGAGAAUGGCAAGAAGAAAACCACAUUCUACAAGGCAGGAAGAAAACUGAAGUAUUUCCUAAUGCCCUUUGGCUCUGGGAUCAGCAUGUGUCCAGGGAGGUUCCUUGCGAUGAAUGAGAUGAAGAUGUUUCUUUUCUUACUAUUGGCUCGUUUCGAUGUAGAACUAGCAGAAAACAAAGCUGUGAGACUUGAUAACAGUCGUAUGGGCCUUGGUAUCCUCCUGCCAGACGUUGAUAUUGCUUUUCGUUACAAGCUGAGGUCCUUAAGAGAGUGAGCGGCUGCCUAUAUGCCUUCUACUAAUCUCUAUGUUUGCUCUGUUUCAUCACUCAGCUUUGUAUUUUUGGAAACAUUUGCUUUUCCCUCUCUGCUUUUACCUCCUUCCUAGUUGUUUCUAAGGAGAAAAACCCUUAGCCUGGAGGUAGAUACCAGCUGUGGGGAUAUGCAACCUCAAUUUUUCCUGCCUGAGUUGUGAGUAGUGAGGUGAGAUGACAAGAUGACAAGAGUUUGGCCAAGUAGAUAGCCCAAGGUCCCUACAAGACGGAGCCCCAUACUCUUGGCCGUGAGUUGUGGAGGAUUUACAGGGAGGAUG